GCGUUUGUGGCGUUUGUGUUUGUGAAUCGGCUGCGUGCAGUUUCCACUUUUCGCAUCCAUCAGCCAGCGUCCGCAAGACGACAGACGAACAAAAAAGUUAGGAUCCAGUUUCGUUGCAUCGUAUAAAGUUUUCCCGAGGUUUUCGUCUCUAAUCCCGCUAAAAGUGUCCUGUUGUUCGGUAGCAGUUCGUCUUGUGAUUGUGUUCCUGGAUUUUUUGUGGUGAAACGCUUGAUUUCUCACCAACGAACAAAGAAAACUCGUGAAGUGCUCAGCGCGAUGGCCGAUGAUCAACAGCAAGCGGGACCAUCGAACCAACCGGAACAACAACCGAAGGACGAUGGCAGGGAGCAGAAGCCACAAGGCGAUGGUAAGGAGCAGAAGCCGCAGGGCAGGAAGCGAAAGCUCUCUGCGAAGCGACAGAACACCAACAAACGUAACAAUGGCAACUCAGAUACUGAAGUGGACCCGGAUCCCGAAAAAAUUAGGUUCCUCCUGGAUCCGGUUCUGAACGCAUUGCGAAGCCUCCUGAAUGGCAAUGAAAAUGAAACUAUGAAGGCGCUAAUUGCCACUCUUCAACCGUCCCAGAUUGAGAUAGAGAUGGCCCUGACCAAGGUCAAGAUGGACUUGGAUCGAGUACUUGGCUUCCCGAACAAUGCCUACCAAAUCUACGACUUUGGUUCCAUCAAAUCCGGGCUGGCGUUCCGUGAUUCGGAUUUGGAUUUUUACAUCCACUAUGAAAGGAACAGCGAGAGCAAGCAGGAGCAAACUAAGCUGAUCCAUAUAAUUCAUGGUCGGAUGCUUAGAGACGGGACGUUCCAUGGGUUGGUAAAGAUUCUGGGUGCGAAAGUGCCCCUGUUGAGGGCCAUCCACGGGCCAACCAAUUUGACGUGCGACAUCAAUUUCUCCAAUGCUCGUGGGUGCUACAACAGCAAGUUUAUAUUCGCGGUCACAAGAUUUGACCCUCGCAUUCAUAAGUUGGCAAUCAUCAUCAAGUUCUGGGCCAAGUGCGCCUUCUUGCUAACGAACCACCGUCAGAUGAACACCUACUGCAUCAUCAUGAUGUUGAUUUUCUACUUGCAAACCAAGAAGCUGCCGCUGCUGCCGGCGGUUCAGGACCUGCAGAAGGGUGUUCCUCGGGUGGCAUUUGGCCCGUGGAAUCUGGGCUACCCGAAGGACAUCAAGUUCACGUCGAUGAACAAGGAAGCGAUCCGGAUGCUGCUGCAGAACUUUUUCAAGUAUUACUCGACGUUUGAGUUUGAGAAGAAUCUGAUUUCGCCGUUCGUUGGUCGCUUGUGCGCCGUGGAGGAGAUGAAGCAGAAAAAGGUUCGGGAGUUGCAGCCUUACUACCGGGCCGUUGAGCAUCAGAACUAUCCGGAGUUCAACUACGGAACGCAGAUCUCCAUCCAGGAUCCAUUCGAAUUGAACAUGAACAUCGGAGGGGUCUGCAAUUCGGCGGCUCACUUUGAGCAGAUCAAGCUCAGCUUCAAAACGGCCCACGAGGUAAUGUGUGCAAAUAAUUCGGAACCAUUUUCCAAGGUCCUGGAGAAUUUGUUCACCAAGACCAAGCGCUACCAGAAACAGACCAAGAAUGCGGUCGUUCCGGUUGUUUCCAAGAACGGAACCGUUCCCAAGACGGUGGACGUUUCUGCCCAUUGGAGAAUCUGUCGGUUGCUCCCGGUUGAGUAUGAGCUGUUCAUCGUCCGGCAGGUUCUACUGGCCCGGAAAACCGAUAAGGAAGCUAUCAUUACGGAACGGCAGAUCAAGGAUGUUUGGGCCGAUUGCAUGCUGGACUUCAUCGAGGACAUCCUGCAGAAGAUUUACCUCUGCAAGGUGGAGCCCAUCAAGGACGCAGAACGCGCUUCAAGCGUGCCCAACAAUAUCCGGAAGGAGGACGUUCGGACGUUCGAGCUAUCUUGCGAGCGGCAGGUCAUCUUCAAACGAGCCCGGCUCCAAAUCAACAACGAGCAAGAGCUGAACAACGAAAUCGCCAUCAGCAAGAACCGAUGGGAGAUGAACCGGCCGCUGGUGUUCUCCUCCCGGGUUGACAUGUUCAAGUCGAACGACGCCAUCGAGUUCCACAUUCCGGAGGAGCACCACAAGAACGGAUCAAUCCGGGUAUUUAUUGAGUCUUGCUUCUUGACUCAAAUCCGGAAAUGUAUCAAAGGAUACUUCAAGGUAAUGCUUUACAAAGCGGAAGAAAAAGCUAAAGCGGCUCUAGAGACUGCCGCCAUGGAAUCCGAAGGACAAGCACAAACUGCUCAGUAAGGACACUUUUGGGACUAAAUGUAUGGAAGCACUUGAGGAUGUGUGACGAUGGAUGACAGUUUUUAAUAACAUAAAUUAUAUGUUUCUCUUUUAAUGAUUCUGAUUGAAGUUGUUUUAAGUUCAUUGCUAUUUUCCUCAUUUAGCUUUUAUUAAUCAAACGUGUGCUAAGUUUGAUUAGCCUAAGAAAAGUUCUGUUCAUAAUUUAAUGAAAUUGAAUAAAAGUACGAUUGAGAACAAGAAA